AUGUCGCUGAAAAUUAGAGAUUCCGCAUUGAACGCCAUUAAGCGCUAUUUGCAAACAAGCAAAUCCGACGCGCUUUCAGUAGAUGUGGAGAUUAUUUCCACGUAUCUGCAAUUAUUGGAGGAACAAUGGUGCCGCUUCUGUGAAGCUCAACAAGAAGUGGAAAUAUCUUGUGGCGAUGAAAACGUUGAGGUGGAAGAGCAGUCACGUAUUCAAGGUGAGGAGUGUCCUGCACCAGUGCCGCUUCCGAAGUUGCAGUUACCAUCAUUCGGCGGCGAUCCCACCGAAUGGCUUACUUUUCACGACGCAUUUUGUUCGCUAGUUAAUGCGAACGCAAGUCUGUCGGACGGGCAGAAACUUCAGUAUCGGCGUAAUUGUCUGAAGGGUGAAGCGUUAGACUUGGUUAGCAGUUUGGCAGUUAGUGACAGCAACUACAUUGAAGCCUGGGAAUUGUUGACUUCAAGGUAUAAGGUAAUACGGGUUAUUGUUGACAGCCAUAUCAAAGCGCUGUCAGCGAUUGAUAGAGCAGCAAAGGAUUCAGCCAAGGCCAUCAAGCACGUGCUCAACUUAACCUUGCAGCAUGUUGGAGCGCUGCGUGCACUCGGUCGGCCAGUUGAGUUCUGGGAUGACUGCCUUAUUCACCUAACAGUGUCAAAACUAGCGUACGAAACCCGAAAGCAGUGGGAGUUAUCGCUUGUGGCAGACGAUUUGCCGUCAUUUACCGCACUUCGCGACUUUCUCGAAACUCGAGUUCGUUCUUUGGAGAUGGUGCCGGUGUUGUCCGCAAACACUAAAACAAUCACCGCAAAAAACGUUCUCCACUCAACCUGUAAACAAGGCGAGACAAAUGGAUCUACAUCAACUGAUACCGCUAAUGCCACUAAAACACUAUUUUGUACGUACUGCAAUGGUGAGCACAAAAUUUAUACCUGUUCAAAGUGUGAUAAACUCAACUCAAAAGCCAAGAUAACCGCUAUCAAAGCUCAUGGUGCCUGCUUGAACUGUCUUAGUAAGGGGCAUCAGGUGGCCAAAUGUCGUAGCGCAUCAUCGUGUCGCAUAUGCCAACGACGUCAUCACUCACUACUGCACGCUAGCUUUAACAGUCAACAGGCUGCACUCGCUAUCAACGAAACCAGUCAACAUGUCAAUGUUGCCUCGCACUACGCUCAUGCUGAUCGCGUUAUUUUGUUGGCUACCGCUGAAGUUUUUUUGCAAGACCACGCCGGUCGCUGGCAACCUGCUCGGGCACUUCUCGACAACGGUUCACAUGCUUCGUUCAUUACUGAAUCUUGCAUCCAACGCCUUCAUCUUCCUAGAAGCUCAUCGUCAAUAUGCGUCACUGGUAUUGGAUCAAUCAAAGGAGGUUGCACCAAGGGAGAAGUUAAAGUUUGUGUAGCUCCCCGGUCAUUAGUCUCGAACUUCCAGAUAAGUACUCUUAUUUUGUCGAAAAUAACUAAUGACCUUCCAACUACCGCUGUACCCUCAUCACUUUGGCCGAAUACUUGUGACUUACCCCUGGCUGAUCCUAACUUCUCCAAGCCUGGACCUAUUGAUGUUUUGAUAGGUAUGGACGAAAUGGAUAAGUUCUUACUAGAAGGUCUCCGGAUGGGGAAAAAUGGCACUCCCAUGGCGCAGAAUACGGCAUUUGGUUGGGUGUUGUUUGGAAACGCGAUUUCUUUGCAAAAACUUCCUAAUUCUAUCUCUACGCUUUAUUGUGACACCCAGCUAACGCAACUCAUAACAAGGUUUUGGGAACUCGAGGAGUUGCAGCCAAAGAAGCAUUAUACGUCCGAAGAACUUUACUGCGAGAAGCUGUUCGAAGAUACCACCAAACGAGCAGAAGACGGUCGCUUCAUUGUACGCUUGCCUCUUAAAAAGGAGGUUCCGAUUGGUGAAUCAAGGGCCGCAGCAGUUCGAGCUUUGCUGCGAAUGGAAAGGAUAUUCGCCGCGAACAAAGGUCUUCAUGAAGAAUACAGCAAGUUCAUGCAAGAACUUUUAGACUUGGGUCACAUGGAGUCAGCCGGUGCAGUUACUCACGCCACUUACUACAUGUCGCAUCACGCAGUGGUCAGAGAAACGAGUACCACCACCAAGCUCAAAGUUGUGUUCAAUGCGUCCAUGAAGACAUCGUCCGGCUAUUCACUGAACGACGCUCUAAUGGCAGGCCCUCGGCUGCAACAAGACCUGUUCUCGAUUUUGGUGCGCUUCCGCACUCAUCGCUACGUUCUUAUUGCUGACAUCGAGAAAAUGUAUCGUCAGGUCUACGUUGCAGAGCAGGAUGUUGAUUAUCAACGUAUUGUAUGA